AUUUUACAUUUUCUCUGCUCGCAGGUGACGGCUGCCGCUGAAACAAAGCCCGUCGGUGAGGCCGCGGUAUCCAAGAUGUCGAAAGCGUCAAAGCGCUCGAAGAGAACGCUCACGUGCAACGAUAUCACGUCGAAUAGAAGGCUCACGUCCCACGAGAUCGACAUGCAGAACAGAAAAAGUAUCAUCGAGGCCGCCGAUGCCGAGCAGAAGAAACGCAACAGGAUACUCGUGGGGGUCGGCGUGGUGGCGGCGGUGCUAGUCGUCACUGGGGCAGGGCUCGUCUACUUCGUCACUGCACCGGCCAAAGCAAUCAAGAAGGUGGCUUUAUGCGACAGCAAGGACUGCCUACUGCACUGGUAUGACCGUCAGCAGGGCCAUCGACCACAGCGUGGACCCGUGCGUCGACUUCUACAGCUACACGUGCGGGAAAUGGCAAGACGCCCAUGAAUCAGUCAUAGACUCCCUGAUGGCUGAUGGCAUGCAUAGGCUGAUUAGGGAUUUGGAAAGAGAAGACAAGAGCGUCACCAUGGCCGAGUCGUUCUACUUGAGCUGUUUGAAUGCUGCCAAGCAAAAGGAAAAGAACCUAAAAGAUUUCCUCGAGUUCAAGGCUUCCUUGGGAUUGGUGUGGCCGGAGGCGCAACCCACGGGAACGCUGCACCCACUCGACGUGAUGCUGAACCUAGCGAUGAGGUGGGACAUGAACUUCUUCUUUGACGUGAGCGCCAUCUACAGUUACGGGAGGCCCGUGCUUCUCAUAAGUCGCGGACGCCUGGACACUGGCUGGAUGUGGCGCGUCUCGGAACCCUGGACUGAUGCAGAGUACGUAAGAAUUGUGCGAGAGCACUUCGGCGUCCUAGGUGUCCAGUCUGUCGACGUGGGCAUCAGCGUCGAAGAACUUCGCAAGAUCGAGGAAGCGAUCCUCGUCGUCAAGAACCGCUCACUCCACGCCGAUCUCAAGCAGGAGUGGUUCGCGGCCAGCGUUCUUGAGAGCAAGACACCGUCGGUACCCUCCGGCAUGUGGCUCGAAAUGCUUGCCAAACACGACGAGCAGUUCACCUGGACGGCAAGCUCUACGGUCAUCGUCGAUGAUGUCCGUAUACUCAUCGGCCUCGAGCAGCUGCUCUCGGAGCAUUCGGGCCGCAAGCGCACACUUAUGAUCGGCUUGACCUGGGUUUUCAUACAGACUCAUCUAUGGGCUGUCUGGGGCGAACCAAAGCUGCGGUUCCGUAGCGACCACGAGCAGCGGAAGAAAGAGGGCUGCGUGCAUUACGUCGACAGCAAACUGGGCGUGCUCAUAGCGCACAGGAUUCUGAAGGAAAGGUUCGGCGCGGUGCCCGGGCACGUCAAGAGUGCUUUGAAGCGAAUCAAGGAAAAAUCCAAGGCGCUGGUUAAAAACCUCACCUGGGCAGACGACGCCGUCAAGCAAGAGGUCUGGCUCAAGAUGGACCGCAUGACCCGUAUCGUGAUGCCGUCGCUUGAGUUCUUUAGCGAAAAGAGCCAAGAGCAGCUGUACGGUGCGUUCGCUAACGCGACCAAUCAGAAUUUCACGGCUAACUUGGUGAGCACUUCGCUGAUACACCGCUUGCUGCGAAACGACUCGCACUUCGCAGAUACCUACAACGUGCGCUUUCUUCCGCGCUUCGGGCUCAGCAGGUACCUGUACCUUCCGAACACGUUGCAGAUCGCAGUGGCCAGCCUGUACCCGCCGUUGUUCUACAUGGAUGCUUCCUUGGCGAUUCUGUACGGCGCCUGGGGCUCAAUUGCAGCACGGGACAUGAUGAAGGUGCUUGACGCAAAGGGAAUUGGAGUUGCGCACAACGGCAGCGAGGUUAGGUGGAUGGAUCCCCCGUCCGAGUCAGCUGCCGCUUACAUUGAGAAGACCAGUUGCAAGCUUGGCACCACCACCACGGACACCACCGAUGGGGAGCCCGUGGGCCUGAUUCCAGCCGUGACCGCUCUCGAGUUGUCUUACGCCGCCUUUAGGGACGCCGUGGCUUCCGACUUUCGCGACCUGGUGGACUUCAGGAUCCCUCACUUGGACGAGUACACCGACGAGCAGGCAUUUCUUCUCACCUUCUGCUACGUACAGUGCGCCAAGAAACCUCCCAAGAAGGGAGACGAGUGCAACGUCCCGGUUAGAAACUUCCCACAUUUUGCAGCGGCGUUCAAUUGUAAGCCGAACGCCCCUAUGAAUCCAGCCAAUAGGUGCACCUUUUUUGAUAUAACUAGAAAACGAAUAUAAGAAACAU